AUGACUCGUUUUCGGUUAUUGUGCCAUAUAUUAUUUUUUAUUAUUGCAACACCUACUACUGAAAAUGUUGGAUUACAAACUCAACAAGGAAUUAUAUAUGGAAGACAAACUCAAAAUUCAAUUGAAUAUCUGGGGAUUCAAUAUGCAAAAGUCAUUCGAUGGAAACCACCGAUUGAUCUUGCAUCAGAAAUCUUUCCAAAUGGUUCAUUUCAAGCUACAUCAUUUGGCCCCUGUUGUCCGCAGCCAAGUAGUGAUGCAUAUAUUCCUAAACAAGAUGAACAAUGUCUCUAUCUAAACAUCUUUAAACCAAUAGUCCAAUCAAAUCAUUCAUUAUUACCAGUAUUUGUUUGGAUUCAUGGUGGUGGACAUGCAUUAGGGUGUUCAUCACAAAGUAUUCCACUGAGAUAUAAUGGUACAAAUAUGAUUGCUUAUUCACCACCGGAUCAACCAGCUAUUAUCAUCACAAUCAAUUAUCGAUUAGGAGUAUUAGCAGAUAUGUAUUUAAAAGAAUUAAUUGAAGAAGAUUCUGAAUGGCCCGCUGCUGGUAAUUAUAUGAAGUUAGAUAUGUUAUCUGCAUUACGUUGGAUAAAGAAAAAUAUUCAAGAUUAUGGAGGUGAUUCGAAUAAUGUUGCAUUGUUUGGAGAAAGUGCUGGAGGACUUUCUGUUAUUAAUCUUGGUGCAGUGAAAGGAUCAGCCAAUCUUUACCGAACGGCGAUAAGUGAAUCAGGUUUAGGUUCACCUGGAACUUAUUCAUCUUAUAAUAAUAUGAGUAAUGCUCUUAAUUAUUCAAACUCAGUUGUUCAGCGGUUGAAUUGCUCAAGUGAUGUUAAAGAAAACGUUCUUUCAUGUAUACGUAAUUCUUCAAUUGAAGAUUUAUUUAAAGCCUAUGGUAAUCGAGCCACAAAACCCAUAAUUGAUAAUUAUUUUUUUCCAUUGUAUCCUCCAUUAGCAAUUAAAAAUGGAACAUACAAUAAAGAUCUUAGUCUUAUUAUGGGUAAUAAUGAUUAUGAAGAUCCAAUAUGUUUUCAACAGCCUGAUAUGAAUUUUAAUGAUGCUGUGUCAUUAUUAACUCAGUCUAUAGGAUAUAAAUGGAUACCAAUGAUUGUGAAUCAUUACCACAUAAAUAACUGUUCAUCAGAUCCAAAUGCCAAUAUUACUCGUUGCUGUAAUAUCGUUCGUUUAAUAUUAAUGGAUAAAACUUUUGAUUGUAAUGUUCGUCGAUUGUACAACGGUCUAUACUUAAAAUAUGGUCCAGAAUAUGAAAAUAAUAAAUUGUUUUGGUAUCAUUUAAAUUGUCAUCCUGAAUGUCCUGUAGUGCCAGAUAAGGGUGUGUGCGAACAUGCAUCAGAAAUUGCAUAUGUAUUCGGAACUAUAAGUAGUUGGGAUUCAGUUGGACCAGUUAAUUGUACAUGGGAUAAUCAAUCACGAAUAUUUUCUAAUGAAAUAAUUGCACAUUGGAUCAAUAUAGCAACAACAGGAAGACCAUUGAGUCAAUGGCCAGAUUAUGAUCCAUCUACAUCAAAAUAUUUCUACAUAACACCUGAUCAGGAUUUCUCACCUAUGACAUGGAAUAGAAAUUGUUCAGUUUUUGAUCAAAUUGAAGAAGAAGGAGUUAAGGAAACAUUUGGAAAUAAUAGUUACAGUAUUAAAGGAACAGUUGUAUAG